AUGCCGGGCUUCGACUUCUCGAAUUACAACCGUAAUGCGGCUCUGCACGCCCAGGGCGUUCCGCUCCCCAAGGCCACCAGCACCGGUACCACCAUCGUUGGAUGCUUGUUCGAUGGCGGCGUCGUCAUUGCCGCCGAUACCAGAGCCACGAGCGGACCCAUAGUAGCUGACAAGAACUGCGAGAAGCUCCACUACAUCGCCCCGCAGAUCUGGUGUGCCGGUGCCGGCACGGCGGCCGACACGGAGUUCACGACGGCGCUGAUGUCGUCCAACUUGGAGCUGCAUGCGCUGUCGACGGGCCGCAAGCCGCGCGUCGUGACAUGCAUGACGAUGCUGAAGCAGCACCUGUUCCGCUACCAGGGCCACAUCGGCGCCUACCUCGUCGUCGCCGGCGUCGACCCGACCGGCGCCCACCUCUUCACCGUCCACGCCCACGGCUCCACCGACAAGCUGCCCUACGUGACCAUGGGCUCUGGCUCGCUGGCCGCCAUGUCCGUCUUCGAGACCCAGUGGCAGCCGGCGCUCAACCGCGACCAGGCCGUUAAGCUAUGCUCCGACGCCAUCUUGGCCGGUAUCUUCAACGAUCUGGGCUCCGGUAGCAACGUCGACGUCGCCGUCAUCACCGAGGAGAAGACGAGCCUCCUGCGCAACUACAUCCAACCCAACCAGCGCGAGAAGAAGCAGCGCAACUACCGCUUCCCCCGCGGCACCACCGCUGUGCUCAACGAGAAGGUCAUCAAGAAGGAGGACGUUAGCAAGUACGUUACGGUGCACGAGCUCACCGAGGGUGAGCAGACUGCGGAGAGGAUGGACGUUGACGCAUAA